AACAUUAACGUUAUCAAUAAUAUUUACCAUGUGAUUUUUUUUCGAUGGACCGCCGAAAUGAAAUUUAUACUGAAGAACUGAAUUAAAUGAAGAACCAGAAUUUUAAAUUGUAAAAUGUUCAUAUAUUACAUCUAUACACAAUAGUACAAGUGAUAUGAGCUUUCCUUCAGUAAAUGGAUUCUGCGAUCUGAAUAUCGCUCACAAUGCAGAUAAUCGUCUCAUCCAGAGGGUCAUUGAAUAUGGAUAUAAAGCGAUAGCUUUGAACUGGACUGUCGAUGUGAGCAAAACCGACGGAAAGUUACCCAGUAAGAAGAAAAAAGGUAACGAAGAUAAUAAUUCAAAUCUAGUGAUACUUCCAAAAGAACUGAUUUCUGCUCAGAAAAAUUUGAUCUCUAAAUAUUCAGAUAAAUUAAAAGUUUUCCUUAGGAUCACGAUAGUAUUUUCAAAGCCGGAUCAACUUAAACAAGUGUUCAGCUCUCAACAGUACAAAUCUUAUGAUAUUACUGCAGUGUUACCUACAACUGAUGUGGCUUAUCAGCACGCUUGUGGCAAUAGUUCUAUCGAUUUGUUAUCAUUUGAAAUUGAAGUUACCCAUUAUAGACCGAAUCGGAAAUUACAUAAGCAGUUGACCGAUAGAAAUGGAUAUUUUGAAAUCAUGUAUUCGCAAGCUUUAAAAUCAUCUGUGAGACGACAAGAAACUAUCACAAUGGCUCAAUAUUUUCACAUUUAUGGAAAAUCAAAAAAUGUUAUAAUUUCUAGUGGUGCUGUUAACUAUCUCGAGUUGAGGAAUCCAUUUGAUGUAGCAAAUUUAGGAUUAUUACUUGGGCUUAGUGAAGAGCAAUCUAAAUGUUCAUUGACUCGUAAUUGUAAAAUGCUGAUACUGACUGCUGCUGGUAGAAGAUAUGGAAAGGUUGCCAUUACCGUCGAACUAAGCACUAAAGACGAUGACGAAGAACCAAGUAUCAAAAGAACUAAACUGAAUCCUUCUAAUAACGAUCACAUGUCAGAUGUUACCCAUAGUAUAUCAUCCCUUACAACAACGUAGAACAAAUGACUAAAAAUAAAGAAAAAUUUUUUAUUGUGGUAAGUUAUAAUUUUGGUAAGAAAAUAGUAGAUAAUAAGAUUAAAAUUACGUUAUUCAAUGUAAAACAGCGCAAGUCCUUAAGUGCAAUUAAUAUUCAAGUGUUAAUAGUAUAAAUUUGAGAAUUAAUAAUAAAAAUAUUUUAAGUUAGACCAAUCAUGUUGAUCGUUAUGGUAACACCUACAACGUAAAGAAAAAAAAACACUUUAAUACGAACGGAAUGAAUUUAUUUUUAAAUAUCGAUUAAACGAACCGUUUCUUAUAGAAUAUGUCGUCUUUGGAAUGGACUGCGUUGAUCAGAUGGACGACCGUUCUGCGCCAAUUGCGAUAAUGCUCGCGUGUAAUCAUUAUCCUGCGAAAUGAAAUUGAUUACUUUUGGUAUAUUUGUAUUAUUUCUUUUUACAGGACGAAUAAAAGUAUGAAAUCGAAAUUAAAUGAAUUGCGUAAAAUACACUAAAAAGGCAUUUUUUCGAAGAACCUGUUUAUUAUUGUCUACUAUAGAGAGUAAUUCUUUGUUCAUAAUAACUUAAUGUUGUUGUUUGUUUAUUGGCUUUUUUAAUUAAAUUUUUUCUCGAGUA